GAUUAAUUGUCAGUCUGUUAAGAGCUGAGCAUAGACCAAAAUGAGAUUGUUCGUACUUUGCUUACUUUUAGGAGCGGCGACUGCAGAAGCUCCCUUUUCAGGAUAUCCAGCAUCCGGAUGGCGCCCUCAAGGAGCUCAGUUUAGGCUACCUACAGAGUAUGGAGCACCUUUGGUUCAGCAACAGAAGAACUUUGAGGUUACUAAGGAGAGAGUGGAUCUAGCAGCCCAGAUUGUAGAAACAACGGCUGAAACUACUACUGAACAAGUAUUGAACAAUGAAUAUCUACCGCCCACUACAACAGAACAGCCAACUGCUGACCCAAUCAAUGUGCAAGGUUUGCCGGAAGGACAGUUCCGCGAUUUUCAAAAGCAGACCAAAUCUAGAUUCUCUGUGAAUGGACAGCUGCGCAUAUCACCAAAUAAGUUCCAGUUCAGCAGGCAGGAACAGGCACAACCAGCUCAAACAUAUGGCGCACCUGAACAAUAUGACAGUGACUCCGAUGAUCAAAAUUUGCAAUCAACUCAAACAAAUUCAAAUGAGAACCCUGCAGCUCAACAACCCUGGCAACUACCUCUUUUCCCUCAGAAUGGUCAACUCCGUACAAACCCAUCCAGAAAUUUCCAAUUCGGUCGCCAGGAACAAGCCCAACCCCAACAAACGUACGGUGCACCAGAUAACGAUGACGAUGUCUCCGAUAAUGCCAACUUGCCUGAAGAACAGUAUCAAGAUUUUCAGAAAACAUCAGGAGCGAAACAGGCAACUCAGCCUCAGCCGCCAAUUUUUGCCUUGAGUGGUCAAUUACGCGCUUUCCCUUCCAACGGCAAUUUCCAGUUUGGUCGUCAAACGCAAGCUCAACCGUCUCAAACGUACGGCAUCCCAGACAAGGACAACGGAAACUCCGACAAGGAAGACUUGCCGGAAGAGCCUGAACCUACCAAUGUUCCAAGCUCUGACAACGAUGACGAAGAUGACAAUCUGGGCGAGCAAACCCCGAACGAUGAUGGUCGCACAGUGGUUGCCAUUGCAAAUUCGCUAUCCGGUCAGUAUUAUGUUCUCGGCCCGGACAGCAAUCUGCAGCGUGUUAUGUACGCAACGUCACAAUCGGAAGAUGAUCGCCGCAAUAUGGGCUUCACUGCUCAACUUCGUUACUCCCAGGUGGAACCGAUUCGAGGUCCUGUCUAUGCUUACAACGAACAAGGUCAGCUGGUACGAAUCUAUAAGUAAGGCAACGAAUCGGAAAUGUGUCGACAAUAAAACUGAUGCGCGAUACAAGGCGCCCCAUCGGAGACCUAGUUAUGUAUUCAAAUCAUGAUAUCGCAAUGUUUCUUGCUGCAUUCGUUCGCAUCCAUUCACACCUUCAAGCGCACACGUAAAGAAGAUUUAUUUAUAGUUUUUUUGGUAAAUUAUGUUUGAAACACAAUAAAUUCAAUGUUAUCAAAUGGUAA